AUGGCCGCCGAAUCCGACGCUACGGAGCCUCUUCAGCCACUUGAUCUUAUCUUCAGCUGCAACAUCUGCCACGACUCUAUUCACGACAUACGUAGCCCUGUGCACGAUGGACAAGAACUCGAAGGCAUUCGCAGACCAGUCGCGAAGCUUUGGAUGACCGAAUGCGCACACCUCAUAUGUGCAAAACAUCUUGAGCGCGGAGGUACUGGCUUCGCCAAGGGUCAAUACGACUCGGAGAUUCCUCAUCAUUUCUUCCAGUGUCCGCCCGUGGCUCUUGACAACAAGGAUGGUGGCAUGGACGCGCUUCGAUUCCAGUUCCUUGGCCUUGUCACCUACGGAAUUGCAACCGCCACAAAGUUUCGUAGCCUCCAGACUGCGCACUCUCAUCUCAAGGACCAGACAGACAAACUGAAGCUGGAAAAGACAAAAGCUGAGACGGAGAUCCGGACGUUGACGGAGCGAAUCACGCUAGCCGAAGAAGCAGAGAGAAGAUACAAAGCCAGAGAGCCCGAGAUCAGGCAUUAUCUCGAGCAAUUUACUCUUGUAAAACAAGAGCUGGACCGCCGGAACGAAGAUUUGAGCGCGCUUGGUUACCCUCCUCCUCGGAUCGAUUACACAUUCCCUCCUUCACGUCUGUUCGAAGACGAUACAUCCAAUGGACGAGCCACAACUUCUCACACUGGACGAAGCGACCGUGUUGACCGGACCGAUCCUAGAACAAUGGAGGACCAUAUUCCAAGCGUUUCGAGCACCACACUUCGAGGCGACUCCUCGAGGACUUAUACCGAAGACAAUCUCCAGAGCACCGAGAACAAGCGGCAAAAGCUAUCUGAGUAUCGCUACGAACCACGCAAUCAACAAAGCCCAUCCAAAGACACAUCAGUGCAGAAGAGGCCUGUAAUAAGACCCCCACCAGCAUCUUCAAUUACCCAAAACACUUCUUCGAGAAGCACACAUUUCCAGCCACCACCUAUGCCCAAGCAAAACAACAACCAGCGACCAAGCUUUGUCAAUCGAAGCAACGAUUCACAUACUGAUCCUCAGCUUACAAACACUCAGCGUGAGACUUGGGAACCGUGGGAUCUCAGACUGCUCGAACUGUACGGACCCGUCGGCCUCUUUUAA